UCACAAAUAUUCUCUCUUCUUCUUCACCCAUUUUGAAAUUUCCUCGCUCUCCAUACUCAUUUCUCUCUACUCACCUUCUUUUCUUCUCCCCUGCGAUUUUGUUGUUGUUGUUGUUGUUGUUAAUGGAAGAUUGUUGUGAUCCUGUUCUCGCUACGGAUGCUUCUUCGCAAUGUGAAAGCUUCUCAGCAGCUGAAAAGGCAAAUGUAUCGAGCUCAACGGCUAUGGAAAUGGUAGAUCUGGAUUCAAAUUGCGAUUUGAGUAACGAUGUUCGUAUGGAAGUAUCGAGCCCUGGGUUGAUGAAUCUGGAACAAUCUAGUGAUCCUGUAGCGUUAGAUGGCAAACUUGUGUUAGGUUUUUCAUUAGCAUCUCCUGAUCUAGUUUACUGUGGCGCUUCACCUGAUUUACCCAGAGGUAGCUAUGAAGAUUCUCCAGAAUUGGCUAAGAAGAUAAGAUUUUCUACUGAGCUUUCUCUAGAGAAUGGAAUUGAUGGUUCUACUACUACAAGAGAUGGACGUAAAAGCCAAGUUGUCAAGUUCUCAGCAAUCUGUCAAACAUUUGGCUUUGAGUUGUCUCCUGAGUCUUCUUUUGAAUUACCUUCUCCACCUAGAAACUUUAGGGAGAGUACAACUCCUGUAGUUAGUAUCAACUCUGGUUCUAUAAGCACGGAUGUGACCCUGGCUGAUGAAACUUUCAUGAAGGAUGACUUUUACAGUGGAGGUGAAACUAUCAGGACUGAUGCUGCUGUUGGUAAUGAGGAUGAGGUUUUGUUGUAUCAAACAGCUCGAGUCGGUAAUUUCGCUUACAAGUUUCAGUUACUGGAACCUGGGGACUACUUCAUUGACCUGCAUUUUGCUGAAAUCGAGUUCACAGAGGGUCCUCCGGGAGUUAGAGUUUUCGAUAUAUUCAUUCAAGGAGCAAAGGUCAUAUCCGGCCUAGAUUUGUUCUCGCAAGUAGGAGCAAACACACCUCUUGUGAUAGCUGAUCUAAGGAUGCUCGUUGGUCAGGAAGGAGAGUUAUCUAUACGUUUAGAAGGAGUGACAGGAACUGCAGUUCUAUGUGGCAUUUCUAUUAGAAAAGAGGCAACGGCUAAUUAUGUUGAGAAUACUGGAAUGCUAGUGGUUAAAGGAACAACUGACACUGUUCUGUCCCAGCCAACUCAAGAAAAUGUUGACUGCAGAACAGAAGAAGAGAAUGAAGGGAUGAGAAGUGACUGUGAGCAGCAGAAGACAGAGAUGGAGGACAUGAAGAGAAUGAUUGAGGAACUUAAACAGGAGAACCGAAAAAAGAGUAGAGAAUGCGAAGAAGCAUUGAAUUCUCUCCGUGAGAUUCAAAAUGAACUAAUGCGCAAGUCGAUGCAUGUUGGUUCUUUGGCGUUUGCUGUUGAGGGACAAGUCAAAGAGAAGAGCAGAUGGUUCUCUUCACUAAGAGAUUUGACAAGAAAAUUGAAGAUCAUGAAAAUGGAGCAAAUUAAGCUGUUGGAGGAGGCAUCCACAUACAAAUUGCUAGCCCAGGAGAUCAACGAGUUCAGCUCUCACAUACAGUCCAGAGUAAAGCAGGACGCUGAACUGCAUGAAAAUCUCAAAGUCAAAUUUGUAGCUGGAGAAAAAGAGAGGAAGGAACUAUACAACAAGAUACUAGAGCUAAAAGGUAACAUCAGGGUCUUUUGCAGGUGUCGACCUCUAAACUUUGAAGAAAUUGAAGCAGGAGUAUCAAUGGGAAUUGAUGUUGAGUCAGCCAAAAAUGGGGAGGUCAUGGUCAUGUCAAAUGGGUUUCCCAAAAAAAGCUUCAAGUUCGAUUCUGUUUUUGGUCCUAACGCUUCCCAAGCUGAUGUUUUUGAAGAUACUGCUCCCUUUGCUACGUCGGUUAUUGAUGGAUACAACGUUUGCAUUUUUGCCUAUGGCCAGACUGGUACUGGGAAAACUUUUACCAUGGAGGGAACUCAACAUGAUCGUGGUGUAAAUUAUAGAACACUGGAGAAUCUGUUUAAAAUAAUUAAAGAAAGAGAAAACCGCUACAAUUAUGAGAUCUCGGUCAGUGUCUUGGAAGUUUACAACGAGCAGAUAAGAGAUUUGUUAGUUCCAGCUUCACAAAGUGCAUCUGCGCCGAAAAGAUUUGAGAUAAGGCAAGUGAGUGAAGGAAAUCACCACGUCCCAGGAUUGGUUGAAGCACCUGUAAAAAGCCUAGAUGAGGUUUGGGAUGUGUUGAAAACAGGAAGUAAUGCAAGGGCUGUUGGGAAAACGGCGGCUAAUGAGCACAGCAGCCGAUCUCACUGCAUUCACUGUGUGAUGGUAAAAGGGGAGAACUUGUUGAAUGGAGAAUGCACAAAGAGCAAACUGUGGUUAGUUGAUUUAGCAGGAAGCGAACGGGUUGCAAAGACAGAAGUGCAAGGAGAACGGCUCAAGGAGACUCAAAACAUCAACAAAUCAUUAUCUGCUCUCGGGGAUGUCAUCUUCGCUCUCGCCAACAAAAGCUCUCACAUUCCUUUCAGAAAUUCAAAACUCACGCAUUUGCUUCAGGAUUCUCUAGGAGGAGAUUCAAAAACCCUCAUGUUUGUUCAAAUCAGUCCUAACGAGAAUGACCAAAGUGAGACACUAUGCUCACUUAAUUUUGCUAGCAGAGUGAGAGGGAUAGAGUUGGGACCUGCCAAGAAGCAGCUAGACAAUACCGAACUCUUGAAAUACAAGCAAAUGGUUGAGAAAUGGAAGCAAGAUAUGAAAGGAAAAGACGAACAGAUUAGGAAAAUGGAGGAAACAAUGUACGGUUUAGAAGCAAAGAUUAAGGAGCGAGACACUAAGAACAAAACCCUUCAAGACAAGGUUAAGGAACUUGAAUCGCAACUGCUGGUAGAGAGGAAGCUUGCACGUCAACAUGUAGACACAAAGAUUGCUGAACAGCAGACGAAACAGCAGACCGAAGAAGAAAACAAUACAUCAAAGAGGCCGCCGCUGGCAAACAUACUGUUGGGAUCAGCUUCAAAAGAAUUGGUAAAACUAACACGCCCAUCAGCCUUAGAGAGCACCAUCAGCUAUGAUCUAGCUCCGUUACCUGACGGUGGCCUCAAGUACACUGACUUCUCUGAGAAGGAGAACAAUCCAGAAAUGGCUGAUCAAGUGCAUAUACCUAAUAGGACAGGAAGAUUCUCUAUCUGUGCAAAACGAAUUCCAUCAGAUCUAGCACCAAGAAGGAGUUCUCUUGCCCCAAACACAUCAACCUCGAAAGAAAUGGUGAAUCUAACCCGACCACCACUCUCAGAGAGCACCACCAGCAAUGAUCUACCUCCUUUACCCAAUGGUGGUCUCAAGUACAGUGACCUCAUUGAGAAGGUGAACAAUUCAGAAAUGGUUGAGCAACUGCAAAUACCUAAGAGAACAAGAAGAUCCUCUAUCUGCGCAAAACGUAUUCCACCAGCUCCAAGAAGGAAGACUCUUGCCCCAAUGCCUUUCAUGCCAAUCACAUCAACAUCAAAUUUGUCAAUAUUGCCACCAUGCCAAGCUAUUACAAACUCGCCUGGUGAAAAAAGUGGCACCAACCAAGUGAUCUGCACCAGCCCCAAGCUAUACAGAAGUAAUGGGAAGACAUUGACCAGCAUACUGAGACGAAGCAUGCAAAAAAGAGUGCAAAUGAAAUCUUCCCCGAGGCAGCAACCAUUGAGAAGAGGUGGCAUUAAUGUCGGGAUGGAGAGAGUUAGGCUGUCUAUAGGAAGCAGAGGAAAGCUAGCACACAGAGUUCUGCUUACCAAUGCUCGUAGGGCAGGUCUGAAAGAGACACCGCAGAAACAAGAGCGAUGGAUCUGACUGAACCUAUUAACUGACCUGAUAUGACUUAACAAGUGUUCUGCUUUCCAAUGCUCAUUAAAUUUUAUUUUUUUGGGAGGAUGAUUGAUAUUUUAUCAACCUCCGGGUUCCGUGUGCGUCUGUGGAUUUGGUUUGACCCUAUUGUAUAGAUGGUUCUGGCUUUUGUGCUCUCGUUCAAUUACUUUUUUUUUUUUU